AGCGGUCUGUGGCCUCCGCAGAGCGACGACUCGGACGUGUGGGACGACACGGCCCUCAUCAAGGCGUACGACAAGGCGGUGGCCUCCUUUAAGAACGCUUUAAAGAAUGGAGAGUGUUCGGAGCCUUCAGAGAAACAGGAGCAGCGCCCGUGGAUGAAGAGGAAAAACAAUAAAAAGAACAGAAAUAGAAAGAAGAGCAACACAAUGUCUUUGAAACAGUGGAAAGUUGGUGACAGCUGUAACGCUGUUUGGUCUGAGGAUGGUAAUGUGUACCUGGCCACGAUUGCCUCCAUCAAUCAGAAGAGAGGGACAUGUGUUGUUACUUAUGUGGGAUAUGGAAAUCAGGAGGAGCAGAACCUGUCUGAUCUACUUCCUCCAGCCAGUGAUGAAACAAAUGAAAACGAGACUCCAUAUUCAACAGAUGAAAGUGAAAAAUCUUCCCAGUCACCUCGAAACAAAAACAACUGCACGAAAGAAAGAUUCUCUCCUCAAAACCUACGUUUUCCCACACCACCAGCAGCCCCAGGCCUGGGAAGGCCUGGAUCAAAAUUCAGGGCACCUCCAUCGUUUUUGUCUUGCUGGCCCCCGCCCUUCCCAGCAGGACCACCGCUGAUUCCUCCUCCACCACCCAUGACGCCAGACUCUCCUGAGGACGAUGAAGCACUAGGGAGCAUGCUGAUAGCCUGGUACAUGAGUGGUUAUCACACUGGGUAUUACCUGGGUUUAAAACAGAGUCGAAUGGAAGCAGCAUUGGAGAGAGAAACACAUGCAAAAUAA